CUAUUUGGAGAUGGUAUGGAUAUGAUUUCCUGACUAAAUGUAAGACCGUUGCUUUCCUUGGAUUUUAAGCAGGCCUUAAGCUUAAAUAGGAAAAGCACCAUCAUCUACAAACCCUAAUGAAACGUAUGCAUGAGAAUGGAGACCAAUCCGGGCGGAUAAAAUGGAUUGCCUGAUGAAGACUUCUCCAGUUCUGACAAGUCACGGUAUGGGAUAACACAUCUCCUCAAAUAAACAUGAAUUUACAAGAAUGAGGACGUACAAGGAGCCCAAGCGGAUUGAUAAGCCCCGUGCCCGGGAGCCAGGAAUUGUCAAUCCUGACUAUGUUAACCGCAUUGCAGCAAGUUAUCACCAGAAAAAUAAUGUUAUUCCAGAUGGAAGCAGCAAUAAUGAGACGGACCCCUCGGGGACAAAUCAUCACUGUGACAAUAUCAACAGUUCAAAGGACAGUGAAGAGGGAACCUCCUGCACUAUCCAGGAGGAGGAGGAGAUAACUCCGGAAAAUGAGGCUGAAGAUGCAGAGAUUGUGCACUGCAAUGAUGCAGGCAAAUUCAAAGAUCUCGACAAUGGCCUUGAACAGGAGGUCAAUCCCUUGAGUGAUGAGGAGGCUUGUCACAACGAAAGGGAGAUGGAAAGAGAGGAAAAAGCUGUGCUAUCUCCACUAUCACCUCCUGACUGUAGGCCUGACGUAGUGGACCAAGAAUUGAACAGUGAAAUUAUAAGUGAAAAAACUGAUAUACCAGCUGUUAGCCCUCAGAUGAAUAGCAAUAAUAGCACUACAAAAAAGAAAAAGGCAACCAAACAAAAACCGAAGCCAAGUGAAAAGUCUGACACAAAGAAGUCUGUGAAGACAAAACCCACAACAAACAAAAAGAAAACAUCAGCAAAACCGUCAAAGUCUAAAGAUGCAAUUCACAAAGAGUUAAAUGGCACCAAAGAACACAAAGAUGAUACUGAUGUAAUGGACCCUGUCUUGUUGAAUCAGGAUCCUUCCCCACCUAAGAAAAAGAAAUCCAAUAAUAAAUCACUGCCUUCCAAAAAAUCUCAGAAAAAGUUACUAAAAUCAAAGAAAGAAGUAGCUAAUGAAAACGAUGUAGAAGAACUGCAUAAUAUCACUGAUAAGGAUGACCUGGACACUUCUAGUAAGUCUGAUGCAUCCUCUCCAAGGGUUUCAAAACGUACACCAAAGAGAAACAGAAAGUAUCAUAGUGAGGAGGAAACUGAAUGGCCAGUAAAGGAGGACUCGGAGCCUGGAAAAAAGAAGGAUGCUGUAGGAAAACCACCAGCCGGGAAAAAGCCUCCCAUCAGAAAGAGAAAGCUUCUAUUUGAGGAUGAUGACAUUGAUGAGGAGGAGGAGGAGGAGGAGGGGGAGGUUGCUGUGGCAGCACCUAAAGAUGUAAUAGUUAAAAAACCAGUGAAUAAAAAACGUAAAAAAAUAGAAGACAAAGCAGCGACAGAAACAAAAGCAGAAACAGUUACAGAAACUGCAACUGAAAGUACAGUUGUGGAAGGAACUGGGGAGGCAAAACCAGAAACUGUCCAGAAAAAAGCGAAAAAAGCAAGAAAGAAACCUGCUGCUAAGAAACCAAAGACAGCAGUUAAUGAAAAUAUUCCUCCAACAGAUACUCUUACAGAUGGAGGAAAGAAUGUAGGUAAUGAUUUAGGUAGAACAAGUCAAGAGGACAAAGUUGUUGCCCCCGAUCACGACUGUAAUGAACUGAAAGGUACAGAGGACAAUGAGACCACGGACACUAAAUCAAAACCUACUGUCUGUAAAAAAGUAGAGACAUCUGACAUCAAAAAGAAAAAGAAAACUGUCAAAAAGCGGAAAGUUACACCACCAUCAGAAGAAGUGAAUAAGAACACUUCUGCAACAGAGGAAGUGGGUAGUAGUUCUUUAGUUAACAAGGCAAGUGGGGAAACAUGUGAUAAACCGUUAGAAGUGAAACCGUUAGAAGUGAAAAAGAAAACAACUAAAAAGAAAAAGAGCAUAGUUCAAAAUAAGGAAAGUACAAAUGAUGAAAAGAAGGAGCUUGUUGUGAAGGAGGAAACUUCAGAAAAAGAAGGAGAUGCUGCCAAAGAAGUGAAAGAGGAAAACAUGGAGUCAAAAGGGACAGAAGGUUCACCUCAAAAACCAAUUAUUCCAGUUGUAAAGAGGCCUCCAGUGGUGAUCACCUGUCAGCACUGUGGUCACAUAUCACACAGCAAGGGGGCCAACACACGGCACCUGCGUAAAUGUGUGGUCAGUAUUCUCAAGGGGGAGGGGCCUAUGUCCCCUACCCGGGCCAGCUCCAGCGGAAUGGAGUCAGAGAUUAAAACCGAGGGAUCUGCUGAAAAUGGGGAGGACACCCAGGAUGUGAAAACCACUAUUUUAUUACAAAACCAGGAGAUAAAAAAGAUAGAAACAGGCACGGCCGGGGAGGCCCAGUAUAGGUGUCAGCACUGUACGUAUGCAACACCAAAACGGGCCAUGUUAGCUCGCCACAUGAGGACUCAUGGUAUUUAUGUGUGUUUGCGAUGCACAUUCAUUUCUGACACUCAUGAUAGCCUCAAGGACCAUUGUCACAGGGAGCACAAGGACAGAACAGACUUUAAGUUAUGUCGAAAGUGUAGUCGUUAUGUCAAAUGUACUGAAAUACCCUUGGAGAAACACAUGGAGGAAUGCUUAGGGCCAGUCCCUUUCAUUUGUCAUCACUGCAGCAAAGAAUUCAAAUAUGAAUCAUCUCUCAAAUCCCAUAUCAUACGCCAUAAUCCAGAUGCACCAAAACGCUUCCAUUGUGAAAAGUGCAGCUACGAAUCGAACUACAAAGCCAACCUUAAAAAGCAUAUGGCUAAUAUCCAUGGGGAAAAGGUGAAGCAUGUGCGUUGUGUGCAUCCAGAUUGUGAGAAAAUGUUUUACACUGAAGACAGUAUGCGAAGACAUUUAAAAUGGCAUUCAGAGGAACGACCUUUCAAGUGCCCAAAUUGUGACAAACGAUUCAAAACGAACACUGCCCUACGGGGUCAUAAGGUGAUACAUGACCCUUCUCGCCCAUUUAAGUGCAAUAUCAAUGAUUGUACAAAGGAUUUCCGAUCCAAGAAACAUUUAAAAAAUCAUCAAGAAGAAUUCCAUCAAAUUGCUGACAAGAAAUUUCUGUGUAAUCAGGAAUCAUGUACAUUUGCAUUCUUCAAAAGAAGCCACUUAGAACGCCAUCUCAUCACACACACUGGUGAACGGAAGUUUGGUUGUCGUAUCUGUGGCAGAGCUUUUCGACAUGCGGACAAUUUGAAAAUACAUAUGAGGCAACACACAAAUGAGAAACCAGUGAAAUGUGACUUAUGUGAUUUUGCAUGUCGGCAGAAAAGCUCACUACAGUAUCACCUGCGCAAGUUCCACAAUAUCAUCCCUCCCUCCAAGGAAGCCUCCCAUCAUGUGGUGGCCAUUGAUGGAGUUCGAAAGCCAGCAUCUGCCUCGGUCGGCAGUGCUAAUGGUAAGGACAGCAAUGGCACCCUACUACAAGAUAAGAAGCCUCUGUCUCCUGUCAAUAGAUCUCAGAACCCAAUGGACUUGUAUGAGUUUAAGUCGGAUGAUGAAAUGGACAGUGAUGCAUUGUUACCACUGUUCCAGGACAAGUCUCUAAAGUCUUUUAGAGUCAACCAUGUUGAAAAGAUGGAGAAUGAGAAACCAGCUGUGAUGGAAAAUAAAGAUCUUGCCCAAGUAAGUGCACUUGACCUGCCUACAGGCCAAGAGGGUGUUGACCUGCCAACAAGCCAAGAGAGUGUUGACCUACCAACAGGUGAGGAGAGCGUGAAGGACGAACAACCAAAACCUGAGGUAGCAAAGAAAAAAGUUGUUAGAAAGAAAAAGAAACCAAAGGUUGUAAAACAGGAGGUGAAGGAAGAGGAGAUGAAAUCAAAUGAAGAAGAACACAAUCUAAAUGUGAAAGAAGACCAUGAGGAAGUUGGGUCUUCGAAUGGUUUAGUUACCAGUCCCUCUAAUAUCAUUGGUGAGGAUGUGUCUGAGGUUGUGACUGAGAUAGUGAAAGCUAAACCAAAGGGAAAGGGCAAAGGUAAGGGCAAGAAGAAGGCCACUCCAAAGGGCACAUCACCAAAGGCAGCUUCACCUAAAGGCACCUCACCUAAAGGCACCUCACCUAAAGGCGUCUCACCGAAGGCAGCCUCUCCUAAAGGCAGUUUGCCUAAAUCAGCUUCUCCAAAAUCAGUAACACCUAAAUCUUCAACACCCAAAGCAUCAACACCUAAAUCAAGUUCACCCAAAUCCAAUCUGCCUAAAGCAGCAAUAUCAAAAGCAGCUGCAUCCAAAGCUGCAAAGGAAAAAAAGGCACCAAUCAAAAAGGGUCGCAAAGUAAAGGCAGAAAUAGAGGAGGAGCUGCUAGCUAAAACAAUAGCAAAACAAGCACCAAAACGAUCUCCCAGGACAAAAGCUGUCACAUCAAAAAAGAGUCCUGGUGGCAGGAAAAAGCCAAAGGCCAAGAAAAAGAAAAAGGAGCCUGUUGUGGCAGAGGAUCUGGAUGAAACUGAUGAGUAUCGAGAGGAUGAUGAUGAUGAAGAGGUAAAGGAGAAAGUUACUUUGGAUCUGCCUAGUAAAGAUCAAACUGUAGAAGAAAGUGUGGAUGAAGCCAAUUUGAAAGCUACAGCUUUUGUUGAUGUGAUUAAAUAUGUGGAGGAACAUAGUGCUGGUAACUUGUCAGAGCCCGAUAAACCGGAACAACCUCCACAGGAAGUUGUGGAGGAUUCACUUCCUGUUGUUGAGGAUUUACUUCCUGUUGUUGAGGAUUUCCUUCCUGUUGUUGAGGAUUUCCUUCCUGUUGUUGAGGAUUCUGCUGAGAAGGAUAUAGAAGAUAAUGGUGAUGAGAUGAUACCAGAAGAGAAGAAAUUAAAGGAGGAUGAAGAGACGGUGGUAGCUGAGCCAGUUACAGAUCCUGUUGUCACUGUAGCUGAACCUCUCCCUGAGGUGCCAAGUAAAGUGGAUGAGGAGAGUGACAGGAUGAGUAGUAGUAUAGACACUGACUUUGAGGAGGAGCUAAAACCUCCCCCAGCCCCUCGCCCCCCUCCUGUGAUAGACAGUGAUGAGGCGGACAUAGAGUCGGGGCCAGAGGACAUUGACACACCUGGGAGGGACUUUGAGUCUACACCACCAAAGUCUGUGGCCAAUAGUGAGAACAUCCACAGUGUGCAGAGUCAUUCCGGGGGAGAGCCACGUCUGGACAGUGACUUGGGAGACAGUAUGUCCCAAUCUUACAGGCGCUCAGAGUCACAACCUGACAGUGGGUCAGAAAUCAAGCGGGACCAAGAUCCUCUUGAUGCUUUGGCAGUCAGCAUAAACAAGACUGAGGCUAAUGAUCUCCCCAAACAGACACCAAUUGCAGAUGGGGUAGCCACUCCUGUUGUUGCUGGUCCUGCCAAUGCAGAUUUUGGGGGCUCACAAUCUGAGUCUACAAUGCCAGAGGUUGACAAGGAAUACCUGGGUCAGUACCUUCAGCAGUUUGACUCCACUGCACGCUCUGAGGACGAAGUAUCUCGUCUAGACAGACUUGACACAACAGCUGAAAGAUCCAUAGACAUUCCCUCUACUCCCCAGGACAAGGAGUUACCUCCCCUUAACCUAAGUGCAUCUGCACCUCCUCUAAAUCUAACAACAACUCCGGAGAUUCCACCUGAGGAGAUCCAGCCUCAGCCUGUACAGGGCACAGACAUGUCCAACAAACGCAUGGAGAUCCUGGAGUGUGAUAGGCAGCACGAGAACCACUACCAACCCAGCCGCAGUGUGAGCCCACUGCGCCCUUCAGAAAGGAUCCCUGACAAUGUGUACGACAGCCUAAAUGCUAUCACAUCGUACAUCCCAACCCCAACCCCCACCCCCACCCCUACUACCAGGGAACCCCCAGUCAUUAGACAGACUGAGAAUAUAUUUCCUCCUGUGACUGCUAGCACAUCUUCUACCACAACCUCCUCCUCAUCCUUCAUGCGCUUCACAGAGAAUGAUGCUUUACUACAACGUCAGAGGAUGACGACUCCUUUCCUUACCCAAAGUGAUCCAAACGCAUUACAAAACCUUCAUCGUAUGGCUGACUCUGCCCUUGCAUCACAUUCUAACUCUGCUUCCUCAUUGUUGCGACGACCUACGACUGUGCCGCCACGAGAGGACAUGUUUCCAGGCCCCACAGCAGUAACGGCCCAGACCAUGGCCAGGAAUCCAUUUAACUCAUGGACAGGUGUGACAGGGCAAGAGGUAAGACCUGCUCACUGGUCCCAAACACCAUACCUUCAGCGGGACCGCCCCGCAAACUCCACAUCCUCCCCACUAUUCUCCAAGGACAACUACCUCAGUGGGCGGGAGUUCAUGUUUGAUCCCUCACGACGAAGUGUUGCAGAGAGAAAUAUGUUCCCUGGAUUAACUCAAUCUACAACUCGCCCAGAAUUACCGCAUGAAACUUUUCCCAUGGAGAGAUUUGAUUUCGGUUAUUUUGGAAGUCAUGGUUACCCAACUGCACCCUCUCUACAAGAAUAUACAAGAACACAGUGUGGCACAUCCCAAAAAACAUUAGAGGAGCGGUAUCGUCAGUCGGCCUCAGGAAUCACUGACUUUUCACGUGCUUUUCCUCCAACAUCAACGUCGGAAAUGUUCAGUAGCAUGAAUAUGAACACCUCAUUUAACCUGGACAAGUACAUGUACAAUCGUGAGCCCAUCUAUCAUCCUCAACAUAUGGGGGACAGCACCAAUAGCCCGUUCCUUCCCCAUGGGGUGGCCCCCCAACAUACCAUGUUUGACCGUGAAUACCCCCCGCGUGGAUUCUACCAAAACAGUCCCUAUAGCUUUGUGAACUCUAUGAACGAUAAGCAAUAUGCUGCUGCUGCAGCUGCAUCAGCGAAACUUACACAUCCUACUGGGUCAGGGGUGACACAAGAACGGGACUUUGUGCCUCGUCCGAAUACUGGGGCUGCGGCAGCCCCAGACAACCAGAUUCAGGACCCCUAUAGGAAUCCCCUGCUGUACAAUAUGAUGAAUCGCUACACUUUCGAAUGAUUUGGUGUGUAUGUGUCUGUGAUGUAGCCAGCUCUGUUCAGGUCCUCAAAACUACUACCCCUGUACACAGGAAUCUCAAGCACCUGCUUAUAGACUAAGCAGAGCCUGGCUUACAAACUCUAACAGCUGUGUUGUUGUCUUUCUGUGCACAUCAGAAUUUAGAACUAUUUGAGAUUUACAUGGAAACGUCCAGUAACUGUAUUAGUGUCCAGAAUAAAUAUUCUGAGACAUGUUUUGUAUUAUUUGUUGUCAUGUUGCAUUAUAUAAACCCAUCUGAGGAGGACCAUAAAGACAUGUCUUGAGGCCAGAGGUCAACAACCUGAAUCUAGCAGUCAAACGUCUCGUUCAGAGGUUGAUCAUCUUUUUCUGAGGUCAGAAGUUGAUUCAUCUCUUGCUGAGGUCAAAGGUUAAUCAUAUCUCUUGCUGCAGUCAGAGCUUGAUCAUUUUUCUACCUAAGAUUAGAGCUCGAUUAUCAUUAAAUCUAUUUUAUUUCACAUUUCACAUGGAUGUCUCAUAUUACAUGCUAAAACAAAUUACCCAGGUAUAUAACGGACAUGUAGUAACAGAUGGUGUUCUGGUAAUUUCUCAUGGUUACUUAUGUACUCUAAAGGUUUAUCACCAGAACUGACCUGUGAGGGAAUACGCUGUAUAUUUUUCAUGUAAAAAAGAACAUCAAUGUGAAAUCUGAAAUGUGUUAAGAGGUAAGUCAUCCUUGUGAAGAUGAGGUCCAAUUUCAAGGGUGAGAGUUUUUUGUUUCAUGUGUAUGAUCGGAUGUCAAAUUUUAUCCAUUCUGUUGAGUCUGCGACAGAGGAGUGUGCAAUCUCUGUGUUAUUUUUUCUAUGGAUGUGCAUGAAUGUUAUUAGCUGUGGUUUGGUACGUAUCCUCACAAGGAUAUUUGUGACCGACUAAACGUCCAUUAUUUCUGCAUUUCUUUAUUUGGGUAAACAACAUCUUUUACUAAAAAUUGAUAGGGUAGAUGAGAAAGUAAAGUUUUAUACACAAAAAAACAUUGCUUAAAACAGUAAUCUAGACUUGGACAGAGCUUCCGUAAAAUUUCCCAUCCAGACUAUAUUGUAUGAAGUGCUGUUAACUAAAAUUUUCAAUUUUUUCUUCUUUUUAUUUUUUAUUAUUUUUAAUGCUCUGAAAGUGUUGAAGUGUUUUCAUAUAACCUGUCUUAAGACAGUCAUUUAAAAUCCUGACUCAUGCAGUUUUCACUAAAAAAAAUACUUAUUGUGAGUUGUGUUUGAAAAUUUCAGUAAACUUGCCUCAACUGUUAAGCUAAUGGUGUUUUGAGCAAGCAGGCCCAGAGUUUACUUAAAUGAAAAAAAUAAAUUUAUUAGGAAUAUUAUGUCUACACAGAUUUUAAGGUUAAAGAUAUGAAGCAAGAAAAUAUUUUGCCUCCUCCAAAUUACUAUUGAACUGCAAGAUUAGAAGAAGGGGGUGGACAUCCAAUGUAUGAGUGAGAUGACAGUCUUGAUUCUUCUUUACACAUUAUGCUCAUCAUUUAUCAAAUGCUUUCAAAUGUUUUGUUAAAGUAUCCCCUUUUUAGCAGUUGUAAUAAAUACAACAUUGUAAGGAUAUUUUGUAUAAAGUUUUGUUUACCAAAUUUUCUUUCAAUACAAUUUUUG